CACAAGCACCACUUUUGGCAGUCUCAGACCAGUCACACACCAUGUUCUCUGGUCGUGCGGUUCCUGUCGCCAAGCGACCGAACGUGUUUGGCGACGACGACGACGACGAUGAUGCUGCUGCCUCCAAUAAUAAUCAUCAUAGCAGCAAUGCCAGUCGCGCCAAGCUCGCACGAUUGCAAGACGAGGACGACGACGACGACGAUCAACCGUACCGAGCGACCACCUCGGCUGCCAAGAGCCGCCCUGGAACAGUCCAUCAUCACGAUGACGACGACGAGGACAAUGACCACGAUGACGAGGACGCGCUGGCCAGGCUUCGAGCCCGGCGACCGGCUCCAGCGAGCUUUGUCGCGUUCGACAGCGAAGAGGGCGCGGAGCACUCGCGACGGAGGCCGCCUGCACAUGCAGCGUUUGGAAGUGAUCCUGAAGACGGUGCCGGUGGCCGCGAUGGCAAGGCGAUGGAGACAGAUCGAGCAAACGCUGCUGCACACCAAGCCGACGACGAGGAUGAGGACGACGAACUGGAAGCGUACAUGGCGGAUAUGAACGCCAAGGCAGCGGCAAAGACAUCAUCAACCAACAAGAGUGCACUCCGAUUGGACGUCGAUAAUGAGGACGACCAAGAGUCGUACUUUCGAGAGCGAGAAGAGUACUUGCUCGCCAACCCAGUCAACUCGGACGACGAGGAGCCAACCGAAUAUGACAGUGACGACAAUCCGAUUGUUGUCCGAAAGAAGGAAAUCGACCCCCUGCCUCCAAUCGAUCACGGGGCCAUCCAGUACCGUGAGUUUGAAAAGGACUUUUACUCAGCGCACAGCGACAUUAGCGGCCUGGACCCGCUGGAGGUGGACUCGCUGCGGCGUAAAUUGCAACUGCGCGUCUCGGGCUCGAACGUGCCGUCCCCGUGUGUGAGCUUUGGUCACUUUGGCUUUGAUUCCCCGCUCAUGGCAGCCAUCUCAAAACAUGGCUAUACCCAACCAACGCCCAUUCAAGCGCAAGCAGUUCCCGUGGGCUUGUCUGGGCGCGAUAUCAUCGGCAUUGCCAAAACCGGCUCUGGCAAGACGGCCGCUUUCUUGUGGCCAAUGCUCGUGCACAUCAUGGACCAAGACGAACUAGACGUCGGCGAGGGGCCCAUCGGCGUGAUUGUAGCGCCGACGCGGGAGCUGUGCCAGCAAAUCUACAACGAAGCGACAAAGUUUGGCCGCGUGUACGGUCUCCGUGUCGCUGCCAUCUACGGUGGCGAGAGCAAGUACGAGCAGUCAAAGGUGCUACAGCAAGGAGUUGAAAUCCUUGUGGCUACUCCAGGUCGUCUGAUUGAAAUGCUCAAGGACAAGCUGACCAACAUGCUGCGCGCUACCUUCUUGGUGUUGGAUGAGGCCGACAAAAUGUUCAACAUGGGCUUUGAGCCACAAGUCCGCUCCAUUAUUAAUCGCAUCAGGCCGGACCGGCAAACUUUACUGUUUAGCGCGACAUUCAAGAAGCGAAUCGAACGGUUGGCUCGCGAUGUGUUGACAGAUCCCGUUCGGAUUGUGGUUGGCGAUGUUGGCGAGGCUAAUCAAGAUGUCGCUCAAACAGCGGUCAUUCUCCACUCGGACGACGAAAAAUUCUCUUGGUUGACAUCACACAUUGUCGAAUUCAUGUCUACUGGUUCAGUCUUGGUAUUCGUCACGAAAAAGGCUGGAUGUCAACUUGUGACAGACAAGCUGAAUAAGGCGCACUUUGAAGCUUCGGCCCUUCACGGCGAUGUAGACCAGAACUCGCGCAAUACAAUUAUUGCCAAAUUCAAGCGCAAAGCAUUCCCCAUUCUGGUGGCCACCGAUGUUGCUGCACGCGGUCUGGAUAUUUCGCACAUUCGAACGGUGGUCAACUUUGAUGUGGCACGAGACAUUGACACGCACACGCAUCGUAUCGGCCGCACGGGUCGUGCAGGCGAGAAAGGCUCGGCAUACACACUGCUGUCAUCGAAAGACGCCAGCUUUGCGGGUGAUUUGGUGCGCAACUUUGAGAGUGCCAACCAACCCGUGUCGCCGCAACUGCUGGCCCUGGCGAGCCAAAAUGCUGCCUUCCGCAACACGCGCGGCGACAACUCUGGCCAUCGGCGCACAGGCGGCGCGGGCAUUGGCUUUUCCGAUCGCGGAGGUCGUGGUGGUCGUGGCGGGCGAGGUCGUGGUCGAGGUCGUGGAGGGAGCCAUGGCGGUUGGAGCGCGGCAUCCGACAGCUCGCACGAUUCGCCCAUGGACGGCGGUUGGGUUGGCAGCAGUAGCAGCCGCGGUGGCGGUGGCGAGUUUGGCAACAACAACAACAACAACAACAACAACAACAACAACAACAGCUCGCGAUUCGUACGCUCCUCAGAGUUUGGCGCCCCUCCGCCAGGCGCAGCCCCUCAAACGGCGUAUCAGCCAGCGCCUUCUCAGCAACAAUGGGGCAAUCAACACCGCUCAGGCCUCGGGUACACGACGGCGAGCGCAGCUGCGCCCCGUCAACGUCUGAAUCUGAGCGACGUGCCUCCGCUGCUUCCGGCUCAGUUUCCAAGACUGACACCGUCUGGAAGCGAGCCAGCUUCAACAUUGCCCGGUGGAGCCGUGCCGCACUCGAGCGGUUCGAUUCACCCUUCCCGACUGGGUUUGAUCCAACCCAAUCCGCCAGGAGGGUCGUCAGGCUCGCGAUGAUGCAUUGAUUUUCAUUUUUUUUCCAAUACAAUAGUCACACACAGUA